CAGGAGCGGAGGCCGCGCCGUCACGUUUGACCGGAUGGCGGCGCGGGCUGACCUCGAGUCUCGGUUGCUGGUCGGCGCCAGCCCGGCCUGCUGUCGGCUGCACCGGCCCCGCUCCCACACACAGCUGCUGUGAGCCGGCCGCUGGCCGACCUGGCCCGUAGUGCACGCUCCACGCUUGGAAGACUCCGUGCUGAGAUGGCCACCGGUGUGCAGGCCUGGCCGCGGCCAGCCCGCAGCUCGGAUCACGACGUAUGUGUGAAAUCACCGGAGGUCAUCGCUAAGAUGGCCCUUCUGUUGGCUUGAGGUCAUCUGAGGCGUGGCUGAGACUGUCUCCGCUGGAGGGAGUCGCAGCUCCGAGCCGUCUGUCGGGCCACACGGGAAUCGCUGCUGCCCCGAUCCCGUCCCCGUUCUCAUUCCCGUCCCCUUCUCCGUCCCCGUCCCCAUCUCCAUACCCAUUUUCGUCCUCGGCGCCGGCUGCCCGUCGGCCAGACCUUACGAAACGUCGCCGCCGGCUGCCGCGCCGCUGACUUGCUGACGUGGACGCUGCUGGUUUGAGGCCGUCGGCCUCUGGACUGCCCCAGCUUCCUCGUCUUCCAGCAGUGCCGUGCAGUUGUGGCCAGCCGGCGGCUCGGUGGCUGGCUUCCUGGAUGCAGCGACGUGGAUGUGCGCCAUAUGUGUGAAGUUGUAGUUUGGUGUGGGUUGAAGUCUUUAACAUUUUACUCAACUUCUAUGGGCUUUGUCGUUUUGUACACCUGCUCAUGUUUCCGCAGAUUUAUUUGUUACAUAUCAGUGGUGCGUCAUUUUUUAGUGAACGCUUGCUGUCGAAUGUGUUGCGUGAUUUGUCAUACUCCGCGUCCUUUACUGUCCUGUGAGCAACUCCAAGCGUCAUGGUUACGACCACACGUUUGUUUCUGUUCCACCCUGAAUGACAUGUGCAAUAGGGAGUACAUCGUGGCGUUUAAAGGGCGUCCCUAGUCGAAAUGCACGUUCCUUGUGCUGUUUUUCGUAGCUUUGCCCGGGGUAUUUGUAGAGGUAGUUUGUCAGCUUUUCAAUGCAUAUCGUAACGGCCUGUAUGCCAUGCUGUUUGCGUGUCGUCGAACCAAGGUACAAACGUUACGGCCACUGCCAUUUGCGGAUCCAAUCGCUAGACCGCUGCGAGUCGUCCGCUGUUGGCGGGCGGCGGCGGGACGUGCUCGCAGGUCCCGCCGAGCUCAGCGUGCGGCGUGGACCGCUAGCAGAGUA